UAUGUAUUUUUUAAUAAACAAUGACAAAAAUCAAUAAAAAGUUAAUUUUUAAAAAAAUAUAUAGCAAUGGUAAAAAUUUAAAAAAAAAAUUUUUUUUAAUCAGUUUGUGGAAGGAAAGAAGUUCCUCUUUACGAAAAAAAAUGUCUGAUCAACGUAGAAUAAAAGCAGAUAUCCAAUUUCAGCGUAUAAAAAUUUGUAUCUUUUUAGGAUGAUGAAUACUGUUGUAAAAUAGGGAAACAUCAAUAAAUUUACAAUUAUUUUUUCUGCUUAAAGUUUUAACAAAUUAUUAUUUAAUACAUAGUAAAAAUACAAAAUUUUGUUAUAAAAAUAGAAAAAGAACAGUUUAAAAACACUCGCGACAGCAAUUUAAACGAUGAUAAUCGCAAACGGGUUUGUUGCAUCGAGCACAACAUUGAUUGGUCUUUUUAUCAUUUUUGUAUAAACAAUAAAAACAUCUUUUUCUUUUUUUUAAUUUAUUAGUUAAUGUCCAAUCUUCCCAAUAUUUGCCGAAAACUGAAUUUUAUUGAUCUGCUCAAAAUAUUCUGGAUUUCUAAUUUCCAUUGUAGAUGUUCAACUUAAAAUAUAUACAUAAUUAUGUUCUAAAAUGCAUGUACGUGUCCCAAAAUACUUAAUUUACAAAAAAAAUUUUUUUCAAAAAAGUCAUUUUUACUUACGUAAUCCCUCCUUAUGGGUCGAAAACGUCUUAUUUGAAUUUUAUUAUCUGGCUGGCGUUUGGAGUAGAACAAACGAACCGGGCUAGCUGUUUGCACUGAAGACCCUUUCCUCCCAAAGUUUUUUUUAGUAUAACUUUAAUGGCGCUAGCAUCGUGGUUGUACGAGAAAUUAACAAUAGUAGUUUUAAGCAGGACGAAAACGACCUAUAGGGAAGAAUUGAGGGUUAAAUAUGUACAAAAUAUAAUGCUGAAUAGUAUAUUGGCUGUUUAAACUUUUGAUCUAAAUUAUUAUCUUUUUACAAAUAAUAUGUUUAAAAUUCGCGGUGUUUGGCUGUUACAUAUGGCGAAUGGAGGCAACCAAUCAAAUAAAUCCAAUCGUUCUGUGUUUCGCGUGCCAAAGGAUGUCGAACAAUUAAAACAAUGGGUAGCAGCUAUUCCCGGGAUCGUCAAAUUGAAGCACGUUAUAUGUGACAAGCAUUUUGAAGGCCAGUAUAUUAUUCGUGAAUGGAUUAAACGAGACGAGAGUAGUCGCAUUAUUGCACAGGCCCCAUAUAAGUAUCCACAGCUUAGUAAGCUUGCUGUACCAAUCAAACUGUUAAACGAUAAAGCCGUUGAUUUGUUGACUGAAUCGUCUUUACACGUGGUGAGCCCUGUUUUCAACUCUGUAUAUCAUGAUGGGACUACGUCCGUUAGAUCUCCUGUUUCGAUAGAAGUCAGUAAUCAUCAAACAGAAAACGAUUCAGCUGAUGCCUCAAAUAAAAGUCUAAAUACAUCAAGGCAAGUUGACAUCUCCAGCACAUCUAUUACGGAUACUCCUCACGUACAAGGUAUGUAUUGCAUGGCUAAAGCAAGAAAUAUAAUGAGAUAGCCAUUCAAUUAUACAUUUUAUUUUUUAUUUUUGUAUACAGACGUCUCAUGCAUUUAAUUGCCAAUUUCGAAAGAUGGAAAAUCGCUCACAGUAAUGGAAGAAGCUGAUAUUGAUUCGACAACAAUAGAGUAGUCUACGUCAGAUCUUCACACUUCUGCAUCUCUACCCAAACUUCAAGCACAGGACAAACUUUUUGACAUUCAAUCGAUGUUCAGCGAACGUGAGUUAUCAAUAUUUUUUAUUGUAUAUAUUAUUAAGAUGAUGCUGGAGAUGAGUCUGUUUUACCGAUUAAACGCGAUUUUUGUUCCACUAAAAAAUCUUUUUUUUCUUAUUACACAGAAUUAAAAAUCCUUCUCCAGAAUUUAUACAGUUUUGUGAUUGAUUCCUGCGGUCGACUCGUGAAAAAAUUUGCUGCAUAUAAAAGUUUUAGACUUUGUACGUACAAAACAAGCGUGCCUCGCCCAUUACAAGAAAGAACAAUUCUGUGCUUUUAGAAAUGAGCCUAGACGCAAGUAUAAUGAUUUCUUUUAGUGAAAAUCUCGUAUGUAUGUGUGAGUUUGAGAGGCAAUCUAGCAUCCCCUUAAAUUGUCCACUAAUAAAUCAUAAGUACUAAAAGCAUCUGUAUUUAUAUUUACAAAUAAAAUGAAAAAAAAAGAUGAUUGGGAGGCAGACGACGUUAUUGACUAUAACCUUCUUGAUCAUGAUUACAUCCUAUCCUCGAUCCUCGACUGUAUAAUUUAUUAUAUGACAGGUUUUUUGUUUUAACUAAUUUCUUUCGUUUAAAAUGCUUUUUACUAAUCAAAAUUAAGGUUUUUAUACAUGCUGUUACGUCCGGCGCAGAAAAUUUCUUUUCUUUCUGGCCGCCCGUGAAAUUCCCCUCCCCCGUCGCGCCAUUCGGGCAGCGUGCAAGAAAAAAAUGAAAAACAAGAAGACUCCACAUCCACCUGACAAUCGUG